UCUGAAGGCGCUCUGGUGGCGAAGGCACUGUUUCCUGGAGUUUGGGUUCCGGGCUGCGGCGGGGCAGCUUUCCUACCCCUCGGGGUCUGGGGACAUGGCCAGAAAGGCUCUCAAGCUUGCUUCGUGGACCAGCAUGGCUCUUGCUACCUCCGGGGUCUACGUCUACAGUAACAGCUACUUGGACCCUAAUGACUUUGGCGCUGUCAGGGUGGGCAGAGCUGUUGCUACGACAGCUGUCAUCAGCUAUGACUACCUCACCUCCCUGAGGAGUGUCCCAUAUGGCUCAGAGGAGUAUUUGCAGCGUCGAUCCCAGGUACAUCUCCGCUCUGCCAGGCGUCUCUGUGAACUCUGCUGUGCCAACCGGGGCACUUUCAUCAAGGUGGGCCAGCACCUGGGGGCUCUGGACUACCUGCUGCCGGAGGAGUACACCAGCACGCUGAAGGUGUUGCACAGUCAGGCCCCACAGAGCAGCAUGCAAGAGGUCCGACAGGUCAUCCGAGAAGACCUGGGCAAGGAGAUCCAUGAUUUGUUCCUGAGCUUCGAUGACACCCCUCUCGGGGCAGCCUCCCUGGCCCAGGUCCACAAGGCAGUAUUGCAUGAUGGCCGGACAGUGGCAGUGAAGGUCCAGCACCCAAAAGUUCAGGCUCAAAGCUCCAAGGACAUUCUCUUGAUGGAGGUGCUUGUCCUGGCUGUGAAGCAACUUUUCCCAGAUUUUGAAUUCAUGUGGCUGGUGGAUGAAGCCAAGAAGAACCUGCCUCUCGAGUUGGACUUCCUAAACGAAGGGAGGAACGCUGAGAAAGUGGCCCACAUGCUCAAGCACUUUGACUUCCUAAAGGUCCCCCAGAUCCACUGGGAGCUGUCUACCAAGAGGGUGCUCCUGAUGGAAUUUGUGGAGGGAGGUCAGGUCAACGACAGGGCCUACAUGGAGAAGAACCGGAUCGAUGUGAACGAGAUCUCCUGCCACCUGGGCAAGAUGUACAGUGAGAUGAUCUUUGUCAAUGGCUUCGUACACUGUGACCCCCACCCAGGCAAUGUGCUGGUGCGGAAGCGUCCUGACACGGGCAAGGCUGAGAUUGUCCUCUUGGAUCAUGGGCUCUACCAGGUGCUCACGGAGGAGUUCCGCCUGGACUACUGCAAUCUGUGGCAGUCUCUGAUCUGGACCGACUUGGACAGGGUGAAAUAUUACAGCCAGCGCCUGGGGGCUGCAGACCUCUACCCACUGUUUGCCUGUAUGCUGACUGCCCGGUCUUGGGCGUCAGUCAAACAGGGCAUUGGGCAAGCUCCAGUCUCUGCUACUGAGGACUCAGAGAUUCGCAAUAAUGCAGCCUGCUACCUGCCUGAGAUCAGCCAGCUCCUUAACCAUGUGCCUCGCCAGAUGCUGCUCAUCCUGAAAACUAACGACCUACUCCGCAGCAUCGAGACCACCCUGGGCACGCGGUCCAGCGCCAGUUCCUUCCUCAACAUGUCUCGGUGUUGUAUCCGGGCACUGGCUGAGCACCGGAAGAGGGAUGCUGGCUCAUUCUUCAGAAGGACCCAGAUAGCUUUCAGUGAGGCCUUCAGCCUGUGGCAGAUCAGCCUUCAUGAACUUCUGCUUCGAGUGAAGGCCUUGAGGCUAGCUUGUUGGGUCUCAGCUCUCCUGGGCUGGCUGACUCGGGCUCCAUACUGAAUGUGACUGUCUUUCCCUGCCCCUUCCUAGUGUCUUUCCACACCUCAUUUUUUCCUUCAUGCUGGGACUACCCACUGACCCAUCCAUGUCUGUCUAGGGUUGGCCUGUGGUCCCAGGGUAGACGUCCAUGGCACCAUCAACCUCUGCCAUUGGAGCCCUUGCCUCGUGGUGGUCUUGUCUGGGGGUCCUGGAGUGACCUGGAGAGUGGUUUUCUUUCCUCCAGGGAGGGGAUAAACCACCUACCUCCCAUCUCCUGUAUGUGCCAUUGACUUGGUCAUCCCUACUUUUAUGAGGAUUGUCAGAAUGGACCAACCACAUGUGUCACAGGGUAUGUUUAACCUGUAGGGAGUAAGUAGAGUCUUAGAACUUGCUAAGAAGAGACUGUAUUUUUGACGUAUCACUCCCAAAGGGGCACUACCUCAGCGAGGAAGGCUGCAUCAGAGAGUGAAUGAUGCAGCUGUGGGCUCAUGUUGUCAUGGUGACACCUUCAGUGUUGUAUUUAUUGUAUGUAUUGUUUAUUGUAAUAAACCCUUUCAAGGUUGCAGGGACUGCCCCUUCCAACUCAAUGGCUCCAUGUGGCCUUUCAGUUGCACUUGCUAUCUGCUUCUAGGUUUUUCAGAGAGGCCUAGGAGAGCAAAGUCGGGUUUGGUUAUAGAAUUUAUUUGCUAGCUUGGGAGAAAAUUCCCAUGGCUCACAGUCGACUUAAACACCAUGUACCCUGAGACCUUGCCUUCCAAAGCCAUGCAGGCUGUAAGACUCUUGCUGCCACAGGGCCCCAUCCUGCUUCUUGGAGAUAGGAGAUCUGGCCUUCCCCAUCACAGACCUUAGUUGGAGCCCAAAGCUUGGAACCAGAGGCAGAGGUGGGCCCUUCCUUGUUUCCUAUGAUGGGGACACCUGCCUCAGCCUCAGACCUGACUGGUCAGGUCAGGACUUGCCCUCUGGUUCUCAGUCAGUGGCCUGAGUCUCAGGUCUAGGAUUGUACUAGGUCCUUCCAAGUCUUUGGAGACACCAACCUUCCUGAUGAGACCACAGUCACCAUGGCUGUGCCCAUUCUGACACAUCCAAGUCACCUGAUCAAAUUCUGUCUCUAGUCCGCCCCCCCACCCCUCCCCCUGCAUUCACAUCUCCCAAGCCCAUCGUUUGUUCCUAUGUGUGCCUGGUCUGGGGGUCCCGGAGAGACCCUAUGUGUGGAAGGCCCUACCUUCAUGAUCACUAUUUGAUCAGAAAAUCUGAACCUUGUUUCUACUCUCUCUGUUAAUGAUACAAGCAGAUUUUCUAGGGAGCAGAAACGAUUUGGAUUCUUUUAUUUUCUGAAAGAAUUAAUUAUUCUCGGUGACCAGUUGGAUGUACCCAGGGACCGAGGAGAGUAAUUCGAAAGCCCUGUUAUUAAUCAUGAGGAUACAUGCUGCAUAUUCUAUUUUAUGGUGUUUUUUACAGCCACUGACGUAAAUAUAAAUGUCCUUUCUGUUUAA